AUGGGUCCAGUCACUGGCAUGACUCCGGAUAAGAAAGCUGAAACGCCAGGAGCAGAAAAAGCUGCAGGACUACGGCAGUGUCACGGGAUGGGAAGCUUGCCCGACGCAGGUGAUGCCGGCAGGCCGAAGGCCACUGUGGUGGACAGAGAUUCAGCAGACGACGAGCUCACGAAUUUGAACUGGCUGCACGAAAGUACUAACCUCCUAACAAACUUCAGCCUCGGAAGCGAGGGUCUUCCGAUCGUUAGCCCCUUAUAUGACAUUGAGGGCGACAGCGUGCCAUCCUUCUCGCCGUCCUGCUACCAGAACCCCGAAAAAAAAUCCUCCACUUCCAAACCCCCUUACUCUUUCAGCCUUCUCAUUUACAUGGCGAUCGAGCAUUCCCCCAACAAGAGCUUGCCAGUCAAAGAAAUCUACAGCUGGAUCCUGGAGCGCUUCCCCUAUUUCGCCACGGCGCCCACCGGCUGGAAGAACUCGGUCCGACACAACCUCUCCUUGAACAAGUGUUUCCGAAAGGUGGAGAGAAGCCAUGGCAAGGUGAAUGGAAAAGGUUCGUUAUGGUGUGUCGAUCCAGAAUAUAAACCUAAUCUUGUCCAAGCACUGAAAAAGCAGCCUUUUCCCUCAGCACUUGCAUUUUAUACUCCGCCGGCGUCACCACCAAGUAGGUCAGCAUCCCCUCACUACCUAACUUCAGUCCUUCAGCAGAAUCAUGGCCGAUCUCUCAAAGAAUCCGAUAUUGAUGCUGCUACUGCAAUGAUGCUGUUAAAUACUUCCAUUCAACAAGGGAUGUUGGACUGCGAGAAGCCUCAGCCUCUGAAGACACCUAAGAAGAGGAGUUACGGCAGUGCGUUCAAUCCUCCCAGUUCUAUAAAUUUGCAGGAAAAUGAUUCCGCGGCCACCAAUAUCGAUCCGAAGGAGGAUCACAACUACAGUGCCAGCAGCAUGGGUUCCCAGCGCUGUGCAUCUAGGUCCAGCGUGUCUUCCUUGUCCUCCCUUGAUGAGGUGUACGAAUUUAUCUCCAAGACCAGCCACGACGGAAGCGAUGGCAGCGAAGGAUUUCACAGCGAAGCGGAAACAGACGUUGACUAUGAAGAUGAUCCUCUUGGAGACAGUGGCUAUGCAUCGCAACCUUGUGUAGAUACCUCUGAGGAAAGUCAGCCUAGCAACAAAGCGCUCAAGGAGUUAUGUCAAGAAAUCGAUGAGGAGUUGAAAGAAGCAGCGGGGUCUCUGCUCCACCUUGCUGGCAUCCAAACGUGCUUGAGUUCCUUAAUAAGUACUGCAAAGACCCACUGUCACAAGCAAAGGAAAAAAUAGUAUGUUUGUCAGUGUUGAAUAUAUACAUAUAUUUUUUUU